UCUGUUUAAAUCGGACCGAUGAUCCGACCAUGCUUACACAUAUCAGGCAGUGUCGGAUUCUCAAAAAAAAAUAUCAGGCAGUGUCAUUCCUCUCCAAAAAAAAAUCUGGCCGUGUCAUCUGUGACGGUCUAUCUCCGAUCGGACGGUGACCCUAGUCUUCACCGUUUGAACAAGCGACCAAGGCACCAAGCCCCACUCCCCGGCGUCCCCGCACAGCCCCGCGUCCCCGCCACGGCAACGAUGCCUUCACCCCGCCCCAUCGUCCCGCCGCCCUCCGCCACCGCGCUCUUCGCCGACGCCGGAGCCCUCCGCCGCUCGUACCUACGUCUCAUCUCCCUCUCUUCUACCCUCGGCCACCUGGACCAGCUCCUCGCCGUCUCCCUCGCCUCGGGCCACUACACCCUCGACCACGCCCCGGCCUCCUCGCUCCUCCUCCGCUACGCCUCCCUCCGCUCCCCUCCCGCCCACCUCCUCCGCCUCUACCGCGCCUUCCCCCGCCCCGACCGCUUCCUACGCAAUUCCCUCCUCCGCUCUCUCCCGACUCUCCGUGCCGACCUCCUCUUCCCUUCCCCGGACUCCUUCUCCUUCGCUUUCGCUGCGACCUCGCUCGCCUCUUCCUGCUCCCGUGGUGGUAUCUCCCCUCCUUCUGCCGCCUCGGCCGCCCUACGCCCGCUGCACGCGCUUGCCGUGGCUUCCGGGUUCGCUGCGGACAACUUCGUGGCGUCGGCCUUGGCCAAGCUGUACUUCACGCUGUCCAGAGGCAACGACGCACGCAAGGUGUUCGACGCGGUUCCGUCACCGGACACCGUCCUUUGGAACACGCUGCUCGCUGGGCUGUCCGGUUCGGAGGCCCUGGAGGCGUUCGUGCGGAUGGCAGGCGCAGGGUCGGUGCGGCCUGACUCGACCACGCUGGCUUCCGUCCUGCCGGCGGCCGCCGAGGUGGCGAAUACGACGAUGGGACGGUGCGUGCAUGCGUUCGGGGAGAAAUGUGGAUUGGCACAGCACGAGCAUGUUGUGACGGGGUUGAUCUCUCUGUACGCCAAGUGCGGAGACAUGGAAUGUGCACGGCAUCUCUUUGACAGAAUGGAAGGGCCGGAUUUGGUCACAUACAAUGCCUUGAUCUCAGGCUACUCGAUUAAUGGCAUGGUUGGAUCAUCUGUGGAGCUGUUCAAGGAGCUGGUGGGCAUGGGAUUGAGGCCAAGCUCGAGCACGCUGGUAGCACUGAUCCCCGUGCACAGUCCAUUCGGGCAUGAACCACUUGCUGGGUGCUUGCAUGCACAUGUUGUCAAGGCCGGUUUGGAUGCCAAUGCUCCUGUAUCGACAGCACUGACAACUCUGUACUGUAGGUUCAACGAUAUGGAUUCUGCAAGGAGGGCCUUUGAUGCAAUGCCUGAAAAAACCAUGGAAUCAUGGAAUGCUAUGAUAUCAGGGUAUGCCCAGAAUGGUUUGACAGAGAUGGCUGUUGCACUCUUCCAGCAAAUGCAGGCGCUCAAUGUGCGACCGAAUCCGCUCACCAUCUCGAGCGCUCUGUCGGCCUGUGCACAGCUUGGAGCUUUGUCACUGGGAAAGUGGGUACACAAGAUCAUUGCCAAUGAGAAACUCGAGCUCAACGUUUAUGUCAUGACAGCGCUCAUUGACAUGUAUGUGAAAUGUGGUAGCAUUGCUGAAGCUCGGUGCAUCUUUGACAGCAUGGACAACAAGAAUGUGGUAUCCUGGAAUGUGAUGAUCUCUGGAUAUGGCCUACAUGGUCAAGGCGCCGAAGCUUUGAAGCUCUACAAGGACAUGAUGGAUGCACACCUCCAUCCAACGAGCUCCACCUUCUUGUCGGUACUCUACGCGUGCAGCCAUGGAGGAUUGGUCAAGGAAGGGACGACAGUCUUCCGGUCAAUGACCAGUGAUUACGGGAUCACUCCAGGCAUCGAGCACUGCACUUGCAUGGUGGACCUUCUUGGCAGAGCUGGCCAGCUCAAGGAGGCUUUUGAGCUCAUCUCCGAGUUCCCCAAGAGCGCCGUUGGACCUGGCAUAUGGGGGGCUUUACUUGGUGCUUGCAUGGUUCAUAAAGAUGGCGACCUUGCAAAAUUGGCCUCCCAGAAGUUGUUUGAACUAGAACCUGAGAACACCGGCUACUAUGUACUGCUCUCCAAUCUGUACACAUCAAAGAAGCAGUACUCUGAAGCAGCUGUGGUUAGGCAGGAGGCCAAGAGCAGGAAGCUGGUGAAAACACCAGGAUGUACUCUAAUCGAGAUAGGUGACAGACCGCAUGUCUUCAUGGCUGGUGACCGUGCCCACCCACAGUCAGAUGCCAUCUACUUGUACUUGGAGAAGCUAACUGCAAAGAUGAUUGAGGCUGGUUACCGACCUGACACGGAGGCCGCAUUAUACGAUGUCGAGGAGGAAGAGAAGGAGCAUAUGGUGAAGGUGCACAGCGAGAAGCUGGCCAUCGCCUUUGGGUUGCUCAAUACAGAACCUGGGACAGAGAUCAGGAUCAUCAAGAACCUUAGGGUGUGCCUCGACUGCCAUAAUGCCACCAAGAUUAUAUCCAAGGUAACACAGAGGCUGAUUGUGGUUAGAGACGCGUCAAGAUUUCACCAUUUCAGAGAUGGGGUUUGCUCCUGUGGUGAUUACUGGUGAUUCACUGGGAAUGCCUCUGAACUCUUAACAGAUCAUUAGUGAAUUCUUUUGAGGUAAUCCUCUCUGGAGAGCAUUAAUGAGCUAAAAUGUUUUGGAACAAUAGGGCGUCAAUUUUUUUGGAGCCGAGAGAAUUAUCAGAACUGCUUGGUAACAAAGCACACUCCAUUUUGGUCUUUCCCAACAAGAGACAAUAUUUUCCUAACUGGUAGACACUCGCGCCAUCAUACUGCAGAUUUUACUGACUUGUGACAAAGCUCAAGUGCAUAGUGCUGAAAUUAGAACUCUUGUAGUAGACUAGUAAAUUGUAUCAGAUUGCCAAUUGGCGUAAGAUGUGGGCUACAGAAUAAAUUAUGACUUCUGCACAAGAAAAUAUGGUUAAAAAUGUUGCCCA